UUGAAAGCGUUUUACUUCACUAAAAAUGUAAACAACAACAUGCAGAACAAAAAAUUGAUUAGAAUGAAUAUUUUCAACGAGUUAUUUCAGUAAUAAUUUUUAGUAAGAGUAUUAUCAAAUAAAUAUUGAACUGAACAAACCUUUCAAAUGCAUAAAGUUUAAAAAUUUGAAUAUUUAGUCUGAGUUUUUCAUUUCAGUGAUUUAAGGACAUGAAUAUGUGAAGUAAUUUCAAUAAUCAAUACACCACAUUAUUAUAUUAAAUCACAGCGACCAUGUUUAAAUAUCGAAGAUUACUUCAGAAAGCUUCACAAAUACUAUAUAUUUCAUCUUGCAGGCCUUUACAGCGAAAUUUUGUAGAUAUUGCUGAAUCUACUAAUGAAAAGCCGAGCUAUACCAUACCACCUUUUUUAAAAUUACCACCUAGAAGUGCCGAAAUAAAAGAACAGAGUUAUGAUUAUAUCCUGGUUUUAGACUUUGAAGCUACAUGUGAUUCUCCCGUUAAUGUUGUCCCCCAAGAAAUUAUAGAAUUUCCAGUUCUUAAAAUAUGUGCAAAGACAUUUGAUAUUGAAUCAAUCUUUCAUGCAUACGUGAGACCUAUAACCAAUCCAACUCUUUCAAAGUUUUGUUCCCAGUUAACAGGUAUAACUCAAGAAAUGGUUGAUAACAGUCCAGUUUUUGAAGAUGUGUAUGAGAGUUUUCAAAGAUGGCUUCAGAAAGAGGAGCUGUUAGACAAAAAUAUAAAAUUUGCUUUUGCCACUUGUGGAGAUUGGGAUUUGAAAUAUAUAUUCCCAAUGCAGUGCAAAGGUUUUAAACUUCCUGUUCCUGAUUAUAUGAAAAAGUGGAUUAAUGUAAAAGUUAGUUUUGCUGAAUUGACUACAGUAUAUCCAAGGAACAUGAUGACAAUGAUUAAAUACUGCCAGUUAGAGCAUGAAGGCAGAUUACACUCUGGUGUAGAUGAUUGCAAAAAUAUAGCAAGAGUUAUGAAAAAUUUAGCUGAGCGAGGGCUUGUUUAUGUUUGUAAUGCUGGGAUACAUUAAUGGAAUCUUUUUCUUCGAAAGUAUAUUUUUUUGUAAAUAAAAGAUUUUAUCCAUCA